CCUUGACAAAGGCACUAUAACAUGCGGAGAGAUUAUAAAUAACUGUGACACUACUUUCCUGAUAACAGGUCAGUAAUCUAUAAAUAUAGAUAUGUUACAAAUCAUAAUGGAAGUAUUUAAAGUAAUAUAUCUUAUAUAUACUAUAGCUGUGAGUAACGGCGCCGUUUCUCAUCAACCACCAGCCGUGGUAUCAACAGAUUGUGGUCCUGUUUUAGGAAUAAAUUCCCCAGCUUUUUUAUUCAAGGGAAUACCAUAUGCCGUUCCACCUUUACGUGAUCUACGAUGGACUCCUCCGCAGGCCCUGAGCAAAAAUGACGGGACAUGUUGGAAAGGAACAUUCAAUGCAUCAACAUUUGGAAACACGUGCAUACAAAGAAAUCCAGACAAUCAAAGCGAAAUUAUAGGUAGUGAGGACUGUCUCUAUCUCAAUGUAUGGACGCCGACGCUAAACUCCAGCGCUAAUCUGCCAGUUAUGGUGUGGAUACAUGGUGGAAGUUUGCAGUUAUCAAAUGGAAACUGGCCGACUUACAGCCCAACUGCACAACUCGCAAACUCGACAAAUGUCGUUUAUGUUAGCAUGAACUAUCGUCUUCAUGCCUUUGGUUUUAUGGCUUUGGAUAUUUUGACAGCUCGGUCGACACAUAGAUCGUCUGGUAAUUAUGGAUUUAUGGAUCAGCAACUAGCACUUCAAUGGGUGCAACGGAACAUCAAAAACUUUGGCGGGAACCCUGAUUUGGUUACCGUGUUUGGUCAGAGUUCUGGAGGAACUAGUAUUAUCGGUCUCCUUGCAUCUCCAUUGUCAAAGGGACUAUUUCAUCGCGCAUGGAUGAUGAGUGCGUCACCUGUUUACAAUAAAACCCUAGUAGAAGCAUCCAAAGAUAACUUAGUGUUUUUGAACAACACUGGCUGUUCCGAUAUACAUUGUCUGGUCAAUGUACCAGCAGAUGACAUUAUUCAUGCAAUUCCAUGGACCGUUUAUCCCUAUUGGGCGAUGAAGGAUCAAAUGGACUUGCCAGUACGUAACUACUUUGAUGGGGCUAUUUGUAUUGUGGAUGGAUACGUUGUACCCGAACCACCGUUUGAAAUGUGGAAGCAAGGAAAAGGAAUAGACGUUCCCGUAAUUGUUGGUACAACCAGUCAGGAGGUCGACUUUCAGCCAUCACAUUCAGAUUUAAACAGCUGGACAUGGGAUACCUAUCACAAAUACGUCCACCAGUAUCUCGACACAUUUCCUGGAAAUAUUUCUUCAAAAGCAUUAGACUUGUACCCAGAUGGUGUAGAAAGCGGAGCUUACCAAUACACAACAAUGACGUCAGAUCUAAGAGUCACCUGUCCCAAUAAUAUUAUGUCAGAUAUACUCAGCAGAUACUUCAAAUCUCCAGUUUAUCGAUACAUUUUAACUUUUUGGCCAUACCAGCCAGUCAACAUAGUUGGUAUUCCAUUCCAGGCUCACUACGCAUGCCAUAUGUGGGACGCCAUUGCAUUUUUCGGCUCCAUAAGCGGCUACUACAAACCUACAAAAGGGGAUCAAAUCUUUGAGAAAUCAAUUCAGAAGGAAAUGGUCCAUUUUGCCAUUACAGGAAAACCAUAUACACAAAGCUGGAAGACUUAUCCAACAAGCAUUGGUCUUCUUACUACAAAUGUGACAGUUGUGUCGUCUUAUCAUGCUGAAAUGUGUAAUUUCUGGAAUGACAACAAUUUCUUCAGCUACGCCUGGAUAAAUUAAUAAAUCUAAAUGAAGUAUACCAUAUGUAUACACUUUCUAUGUUUAACCUAAAACGAAAAACUUAUAUGAUCAGUUUACGUAGCAAUAUUAAAUUUCAGGUAUGAUAACUAAGUAGAUUUCGACACAAAUAUUUAUUAAAAAAACCAGAUAACACCAUGGCUAAAAAUAACGGAAAUACGAUGCUGCUUUGUUGUUGU